GAACAAUAGCGGUGCCCCUCAUGAAUUAAACAAAAGCUGCCAUUCCAUAGCAACCCAUGACAAUCAAUUCAGCAAGCGCCUACGGAGCACAGUGACCCUGCAUAGGUACGCCACAACGUCUUGUACACGAUAUUUGAAACGUGGACGUCUCGAAACACACGACCUCACUGCGACCAUAGACCGGCGCUUCCAACGUAGUCGGUCACUGAUACUAUUCUCAACAAGCUGGGCCUGCUUCUACUGGAUUGGAUGCCAUAGCUGUCUGCCAUAAUGGCUGACGAUACAACUGAAUAUACAGAAUCCAAUAUCUGGGAGUCUCCCGGAGAUGAUGAUGGCCCACCGACCUCUCGACCCAGAACUCCUAGAACUCCCAAAACCCCCAAAACGCCGACACAAGAACGCCCAGAGCCCAUCGACCAUGAGGCCGCAUUGCGCAAAGAGCUUGAAGGUGUUCGGAGCAUAAACGAGUCCAUUGAGGGUGUCAUCUCAACCUUGGAACGUGCAGGGAGUAAUAUGAACACUGUAUUGAGCACAGUGAAUAAUGCUUCCGUUCUUCUCAACACCUGGACACGGAUACUAUCCCAAACCGAGCAUAACCAGCGACUAAUUCUAAACCCUGCAUGGAAAGGCGCAACAGAGGAUAUUGCUGAACAAGAGGCUGAAGCCAUUCAGAAACAGCAGGCUGCUGAGCGAAGAGCUGCCGAAGAGGAACAAAGGCGCGAGGAGUUGCGGCAGCGCCGGGAAGAAGAAGAGGAGAGACGAAGGCUGGCCGCAACUGCACCUGCACGAGGAACCAGAGGAACUAGAGGGCUCAGGGGUACCACGAGAGCACGAGGCCGAGCCGCCACCACGAGGAGUGUUAGCUCUAGCUAUACAUCCGAAAGCACUACGUCGAGCAUACCGAGCACUCGCGGUACCUCAAACAUUGGUCGAGGAUUUGGUGCGCGCCGAGCGAGGGGGACUAGAUAAGCCAGAACAGGUUCAUCUCACGUUUUAAUGACAGAUACCCAAUAG